AUGAUUGCUGAUAACACAAUCAAAGAAUGUGUUUGUGUAACGGGUGCCAACGGAUAUCUAGGCUCUCAUAUUGUACGAGAAUUACUUGAAACAAAUCAAUUCCGAGUGAUUGGAACCAUACGACACGAUCCCGAAUCUACAAAUCCGACCAUCACGCAAAAGUUUCAUCACUUGUUUCAAUUACCAAAUGCCACUCGAGAAAAUUUGAAAUUAUUCAAAGCCGAUCUUUUAGAAGAGGGAUCUUUUGAUGAAGCCAUUUCUCAAUCACAGUACGUGAUUCAUACAGCUUGUCCGUUUUAUUUGACACCCACUCUUGAAUCGGCUCAAGAUGCUGAAGAAAAAUUAUUCAUUCCAGCUGUGAGUGGUACAAGAAAUGUUUUAAAUUCUGUGAAAAAGUAUGGCCAACACAUCAAGCGUGUGGUGGUUACUUCGAGUACAGGAGCAUUGAUUGGUUUUGCAGAAAGAGUGUUCGGACAAGUCUAUACUGAGAUGGAUUGGAAUGAAAAAUCGACAAUCACCAAUAAUCCAUUUGCAUUCAGUAAAACAAUGGCUGAAAGAGAAGCUUGGAAAUGGCAUCAAGAACUUGUAAAAACUCAAGAUAAUGAUGAAUUGAAUAUCAACAAACGCGAAAAAUGUACAGUGGAAUUGGUGAGCUUAAAUCCAGUGUUAAUAUUGGGACCUCCACUUCAUUUGAAAUAUCUCAAUAACUACCCAAAUGCCAUGCAUCAAAAUGACAACUUGAAUAGCACUGAGAGUGAAACACUACCCUCUUUUCAGGAGUACAAUGCACAAGUGAAUUUAAAUUUUAGUUGUAAACUUCUCUACAACCUCAUCAUGAAAUCUAAAAUGUAUCCUCACGACCAUUCACUUGGAACAACAACCAAAGCCGACGGAAUGAGCAUUGUCGAUGUGAGAGACGUCGCUCGAGCGCAUUGUCUUGCCCUCACUCAACCCCAUGUCAAUGGUCAUCGCUUUAUUUUGGUGAGUGAAAAAUGUCAAUGGAUUCGAAUGAGUAGAAUUAUUUGUGAACAUUUUCCAAAUCUUGCAGUGAAACCUCCACUCAUUAUUAAGGAUGAAAUGGAUGAAGAAGAAGGUCUCUACAAGAUGUUGAACUUUUCCAAUGAAAAGUUUUUGCGAGCAUUUUCCAACCAAUAUAAUGAAUUUAUUUCCGCCGACAAGACCAUCAUUGACACUGUACAAUCAUUCAUUGAGGGCGGAUUGAUUCAAUAG